AUGUAUUUCCGGAUGACUUUUCGCAACGAACUUUCUAGGUCUCGCGAGCAACGUUGGUCAUCCAAAAAGCGAGUCAAAGUCCUUUGGGUCCUGCUUGUUUGCUCCACAUCUUUUUACCCCCUGAAGUCACCGACCGGAGAGGAAUCCACACAAAUUCGGGUCUACAGAGACAGUCGCGUCUGCACCAUGAACAGCGUUGCCACGGACAAUCCAGCCAUUCCGGCCUGGAAAAAGAAGCUUUUGGAAAAGAAAGAGACAAUCUCGAACGAUCCUAAUUUCGAUCCUACGUUGCCCGCUUGGAAGCAAAGCCUGCUUCAAAAAAAAGCCAAGGAAGCACCAGGUACGGAAAGUUUCGGGCAGGAUGAGUCCAGCAAGUCGAGUCAGCCCGCGUGGAUGCAGGAGACCUUGAAACGACGUGCGAAUCGCGGUACUGUUUCUGUACCUAAGAGCCCCAAACACGAAGAAACAGACGACGAUGCCGCAUCUGAGGAUAAAAAGCCAGAGUGGAUGAAAAAGUUCAAUAAAAUGAAUUUCAGAAAAGUUGAUGAUUCUGAUGUGCUCGAGGUUUCGGGAAAGCAAGAUCCUUCCAUUGUACGAAACUCGAAUGGCGUUGUUGUUCAUCACGUCGGUGCAAGUUCUCCUUUGAACCAUCGUAGCCAAGACAAGUAUAAAAAGGAUCGUCACGAACAACGGUACACGGAAGAGCGAUUCAAUAGCUCGUCCAACAGUACACAGCUCAACGACUCGUCCAGCAGCCUCGUACUAAACGGGUCGUCGAAUAAUCUAUCGCACGACAGCUCACCAUCCAAGAAACCGUAUCUAGCGAAAACGGGCAUCCAAGAAUCUGAACAAAAGCCUUGCGACGGUAUUCCACACACUUCAGUAAAAGAUUCUGAAUCACUGGACAAAUCAAAACAGGAAUCGGCUCAAGCCUCCCAAUACAAGCAAUCUCCUUCCACCACCAUGAAAAAGGUACUCAUUGACAACAGUGAUGAAGAAGACUCGGAUGUGUUAGAGGAUGAUAGGGCUACAAACUAUAGGGGAAUGGAAACCAGAAAAACAGCCGGUGGUACUGACAAAGACGGCUCUGACGACGACUCGUCCAGUGAAGAGACUCCGAAGAAGGCCGUCAUACACCCUUCACCAUCUUCUUUCACACCUUCGGGGAAUUCUACUACGGGCAUCGGUCCUAAUAACCCUACAAACGCGUCAAACAGCGGCCGAAGCUACAAAGUCGAGUCAAAAAGCAAAGUCGCAGCUGUCGAUAGUGACGACUCUGACGACGACUCAUCUAUCGAAGAACCUUCCAAGAAGCCCUUAGUACGCCCUACACCUCCAUCUCUUGCACCCACGAAAAGUUACGACACGAGCACUAGUGAUAAGGAUCGUACAAAAGCCCCAUUCAGUGUCGGAAGCGCCAAAGCCGGUCCGAAAAAGAGCGUCGCUGAUGUUGACAGCGACGACUCCGACGACGACUCGUCUAUCGAGGCACCUCCCAAGAACACCGUCGCACGCCAUUCACAACCUACUCAAGUAUCCACGAAUAGUAACAACAAGAGCACUAGUGAUAAGGACAUGACAAGUGCAUCAGCUAACGCCCGAAGUGCCAAAAAUCCCAAACAUAGCGGCAAUUACAUCGACAGCGACGACUCUGACGACGAUUCGUCCAGCGAAGGGCCUCCGAAGAAGCCCGUGGUACUUCACGCGUCCCUAUCCGAGAGACAAGUUGCCUCUGUAGCGGCUGUGAUCAAAAAGGAAGAAUCAGACGGGACAGAUUCUGAUGACAAAAACACGAAUGUAUAUUCAAUGAAGUCAAUUCCCAAGGUGCGAGACUACACUGACAGCGAGGACGAAUCCGAUGACGACUCCGGAAGUUCUUUGGACAUUCCCGUUCUGUCGAAAAAGGACGAAAAGCGCGCAAAGCCAAGACGUAUUUCAGAUUUUCUCAGUGCCGAUGCCAAAACUCGCGUUCCCAAGGGGUUUGAUAUGGCUGUCGGCGAUUUAGAUAGUGUUGACGGAUCGGAUGACGGUACGUUCUUGGAUGCGUGUGCUUACUUGAAAGAGCAAGAGAAGAGACAAAAAGCCCGCGCUGCGGCCAAUGCCGCAAGUGCUAAAUUGCAGGCUCCCGUGAACAACUUUCCUCCAGCAACUCAGAUGAGCAUUUCAAAAAAGAGUACAAUGGAUGAGGCGACGCAGCUGGAUCUCGGAAGCAAGAAGCACAAAAAACACAACAAGGACGUUUCUAAGAGCAGUGUUGAAGAAAGGGAGAAGGUGCAUAAAGGUGAUGCAUGCGGACCAGAAAAAUCGAAGAAGACUUCAAAGAGGGGCAAAAAGGAAACGACAAAAUCCGAAAAGAAAACGAUGUUGCACAAAAGCGGGAAGAGUGCAUCCGCAGAGAAAAAUCACAUAUAUGAGUCGAGCACUGGAAGCACUGAUUCCAAAAAGAUAAAAGUGGCUGAGUCUCCCGUCUCGUCCAACCCUGAUCCAAACAGCCCGACGAAGGCGAGAUCUGAGAAGAAGAAAACUGCGACCGCUAGCAGCGAUGGCGAGAAGAAGAAGAAGAAAGCAAAGGCGGACAAAAAAGAGAAGGAGAAGAGGAAAGAAACGGCCGAUACCGACGACAAGAGUAAGCUAAAGCCGGACAAGAGCAAGAGGAAGAGUAGAAGAUCGGCGGAUCUCUAAUUGUAGCAAAGCUUCCGCUUCCGAUGACGCAAUCGGAUAAAUACACAUUGCAAAGCGAGUACACUCUUGUUCUCUUAAUUGUUCGUUCAAAUUGAGAGACCCGAUAAA